AUGGGGAGUUUUAGGGAUGAAUUUGAGAAAUUGGUUUCCAAACAAGGAGAUUUGGGGAUAGAGAAGGUCCAAAAGUGGAGCAAUGCUUUGGAGCAAGUUGCCAAUUUAUCUGGAUGGCCUUACCCUAGUGAUUCAAUUGAACUUCUUGGGAUACCUUUUAAAAAAUUAAACCAUACAUAUUUGAGUGUUUCUAAAGACUUAGUUGGGAUGCAUUCUCGUAUGGAGGAAAUGAUUGAAUUGCUAGGAUUAGGGAUGGAUGAUGCUGGUGUUGUCAAGAUAUGGGGGAUGAGUGGUAUAGGUAAGACAACUCUUGCAAGUGCUAUUUAUGCCCAUAUCUCUUGCCAAUUUGAAGGUUGUAGCUUCAUUGAAAAUGUUAGAGAAGUUUCAGAAAAAUGUGGUCUGAAAACUCUGCAAGAACAACUCAUUUCCGAAAUCUUAAUGGAAAAAGAUAUAAGAAUAGGAAAUGUUGGUAGUGCCUUGAGUACGAUAAGGAACAGAGUAUGCCGUAAAAAGGUUUUUAUUGUUCUUGAUGAUGUGGAUGAAUCAACAGAACUUGAAAAAUUGCUUGAUUGGUUCGGUUUUGGAAGUAGAAUCAUUAUAAAAACUCGAAAUCAACAUACAUUAUUCAGAUAUGGCAUAACACAUAUUUAUAAGGUUGAGGAAUUAGGAGAAGAUGAAGCUAUAGAACUCCUUAAAUCGAAAGCCUUCAAGAAACACCAACAAAUGGGAGGCUAUGGAAAACUUGUACGUUGUGCAGUAGAGUAUGCUAAAGGACUUCCUUUAGCUCUCAAAGUUUUGGGUUCAUUUCUUUGUGGUCGAAACAAAGAUGAAUGGGACAGUACAUUAAACAGACUGAAACAAAGCCCUCUAAAUGAAGUUCAACAAGCACUCAGAGUAAGUUACGAUGCAUUACAAUUGGUAGAGAAGGAAAUAUUCUUAGAUAUUGCACGUUUUUUCAAAGGGAAAGACAAAAAUGAAAUGGCAAAAAUACUAGAAAGUUGUGACUUCCAUCCAAUUAUUGGAAUAAAAGUUCUUGUUGAAAAGUCUCUUGUAUCUAUCUUAGACAAUAAGCUGAUGAUGCAUGAUUUGAUACAAGAACUAGGGUGGAAUAUUGUUCAUCAGGAAUCACCUAAAGAGCCUGGGCAGUGGAGUAGGUUGUGGCUUCAUGAAGAUUCAACACACUUGCUGAUGGAGAAUACAGUAAGAGACCUUAUAGAAAAGUAUGAACACUCUCAACUUAUUUAUUUAACCAAGCUAAUUCAGCAUAAUUUUGUCAGCCUUUUAAUGUUGUGCUGCUGUUAUUUUCUUGUGGUUAUUAGGGAACAAAAAAGGUUGAAGGCAUAGUUGUGGAGUAUCCUGACCUUCGAAGUUAAG